AUGAAUGUGCUGGUGCUGAUGUUGACCGUUCUCAACUGCCUCUCGAAAGCAUCAGAGCGUACUUUCCCUCGUAUUGUCCCUUCCCAACUGCAGUUCUUGGAAUACACCAAUCUUACUGUGACCUGUGAGGGAUUCUUCAAUGACAUGAUCCAGUGGAGGGUGCUGAGGAAGGAUGAGAAAAGAAACCGAAGAACUUCUUGUAACAAAAACACGGAUGCUUUUGGAGCGUGCCACAUUGAAGCGCUGUAUCCAUCCGACUCUGGAGAAUACUGGUGUGAGAGUGACGACAAAAGGAGGAGUGAAAGAGUCCAGGUCACAGUCACAGUGACUGAUGUAAUCCUGGAGAGUCCAGUUCGUCCGGUGACGGUUGGAGAUCAUGUUACUCUUCGUUGUAUUAAAAGGAAAAAACUAAAACCCUCCACAAAGUUUGACUUCUACAAAGAUGGUGUCCAUGUGAACACAAGUUCAACUGGAGAGAUGAUCCUCCACAACAUCUCACUGUCUGAUCAGGGGCUCUAUAAAUGUAACGUAUCUGAAAAGGGGUUCACCAAAGAAAAUCUGCUGCAAGUUAAAGCUGUGCUCCUGGAGCUUCCUGACCGGCCUGUGCUGGAGGGAGAGAACGUGACUCUGUUCUGUAGAGACAAGAUGGCCGCUUCAAACUACACGACUUUUUUCUACAAAGACGAUGAAAUGAUCGGGAACAGUUCCUCUGGAAAGUUGACACUGAACAAAGUUUUCAAAACAGACGAAGGAGUUUACAAGUGCCAAACCUCAGAGGACAGAGAGUCGGAGGAGCAGUGGCUGGCUGUGAGAGGAGGGAACAGCUUCAGCACUUCUGAUGUUUCUGGCGUGACUCACUUUAAUAUGUUUUAUCUCUCGGGGCUCAUCGCUCUGCCUGUGCUGCUGUUUGUUUUGGUGUUCAUCUAUAAAAAAUACAAAGGACCUCCAGUUACAAACGAAGAAGAUGAAGCAAAGUACACCGCCCUAACUAAAAGAGAUACUUCUCUGUACCAUGAGUUAAAGCCCCCAAACUCAACUUGUUAG